AUGUACAUCGAGGCUUUGAAGCCCAUCCCGUUGCGUGACAUUGGCUCUCAGGCGUGGCUCAAACAGCACGAAAUGCUGGAGAAACUCAAUGCCCAGGCGCACACUAACGCACUUAUGGACACGGACGAAUUCGUGCACGAGGCUUUUAUCUCGCUUGACAAGCUGGCUUUUCUCGUCUAUGAACUUGUGAGCCUUGAAAUGUGGCGCGAGCGCGUGCGACCCGAGCUUGAGGCUCUAGGAUACGCCGAGCAGAGCACCGUUGCGCCAUACAUGAUUCAUUAUCAUGAAGCGACUGUCAUUAAUCUCCUCGAGGCAGUAUUAUAUCAUCGCGAAGCUGUUGAGGCCUUGGGAGAUGCUGCCAUUGAUCUCAUCGAUUACUGCCAGAGAGCCUGCACCUAUCUUUUGGCGCGAACGGAGGAGGAUUUUGAGCGAGAAGUGGAGCAGGAAAACCUCUCGGCACGGGACAUGGACAACAUGAUUCAGACCCUGGUUGCUCUGGUGGUAUCGCCGCCGUGGUCCCAGCGGCACGAUGGCCAGCUGCUCAAGUUUACGGACGAAGGCAAAUGGGUCGAUGUGCCCCAUCAAAAUCAAUUUCAGCUCACCAAGCCUGAAGCUCAAGUCUGGCUGGCCUUGUACAACCUUCUCAUGGAGCCCGAGUGUCGCCGCAAGUAUGAGUACAACUCUCACUCCAAAGCAGAAAUCUUACGCUUACGCGGUUUUAUGAACGAGGUGCUGCUUGACCAAAUACCCGUUUUGGUUGAGUUGCGCCGCGCGCUUGAGGAGCUCUCUCUUAUGGAACCGCCUGCACCCGACACGAGUAUCGUACUGGAGCAACUGCCAGAAAUUCGUCAGGGGCUUGAAAAAAUCAACGGUGGCCGAUGGGCACAGCUCGCCGCCUAUCAGAAUAAAAAGGUCUUCAACCCCGACGAGCAAACGCGCAAGGCACAGGCCAAACUGUUGGCCGAGACGUACAGCUUGGACAUGCUCGACUCACUAUUUCCUGAGCAGCCCAAAUGUGUUGUGUGUGGCGCAGAUGCUGUAAACCGCUGCUCACGCUGCCAAUCCGAGUGGUAUUGCCGCCGACAAUGCCAGGUCGAGCAUUGGCCUAAGCACAAGGCAGCUUGCAAUCUCAUGUCAGCGGCCGCGGAAGGCAAGGAAUGA